GCAACCGUGUCGCAUUCCUUCUCGGUUCUUUCUCCUAGUGCCGCUGCUGGAAUGGCGCUGAGCCUCACUGUCAACCCCGGCGAUUUGCCUCUCGGAGCAUUGCUGACUGUAGAACAUGUAAAGGAUCAUGUUAAAAUUUCAGUUGAAGAAGGCAAAGAAACCAUUCUACGAAUAUCUGACCAAGUUACGUUCACUGAUGUGAAUUCUAUAGUUCGUUAUCUGGCUAGAAUUGCCACAUCUGCAGGAUUAUAUGGAUCUAAUUUGCUGGAGCAUACUGAGAUUGACCAUUGGAUGGAAUUCAGCACCACAAAACUGUCCGCUCCUACUGAAUUUGCUUUAGCCAUCCAAGAGCUCAAUAACUCCCUUUCUCUGAGAACCUAUUUAGUAGGCAACUGUUUGAGCCUUGCAGAUUUCAGCGUUUGGGCGGCAUUAAAAGGCAACAAUAUAUGGCAGGAGCAGUUAUCUCAAAAUAAUGCUCCUGUCCAUGUAAAACGCUGGUACAAGUUUCUUGAAGCACAAAAUAGUUUUCAAUCUGUAGAUUCCAAUUGGAAUGUGGGAGACACUGUUCGAAAAAUAAAAAUGACAACAGAAAAGAAACAAGAUAUUGGAAAAUUUGUUGAUCUACCAGGUUCAGAGAUGGGGAAAGUCAUUGUUAGAUUUCCUCCUGAAGCAAGUGGCUACUUGCAUAUUGGUCAUGCAAAAGCUGCAUUGUUGAAUCAGCACUACCAGAUCACCUUCAAGGGUAAAUUGAUCAUGAGAUUUGAUGAUACAAAUCCAGAGAAAGAAAAAGAAGAUUUUGAAAAGGUGAUCUUGGAAGAUGUUGCAAUGCUUAACAUUAAGCCUGACCAAUUUUCAUAUACCUCUGAUCAUUUUGAAAAAAUAAUGAAAUAUGCUGAGAAACUCAUUCAUGAAGGAAAGGCUUACGUAGAUGAUACACCAGCAGAACAGAUGAAAAUGGAAAGAGAACAGAGAAUAGAAUCUAAACACAGGAGUAAUUCUGUUGAGAAGAAUUUUCAAAUGUGGGAGGAAAUGAAAAAAGGAACAGAAUAUGGACAAACCUGCUGUCUAAGAGCAAAAAUUGAUAUGAGUAGUAAUAAUGGAUGCUUGAGAGACCCAACUCUUUAUCGUUGUAAAAAUCAGCCACAUCCACGUACUGGAAAUAAAUACAAUAUUUACCCCACAUAUGACUUUGCCUGUCCUAUAGUGGACAGUUUAGAAGGUGUUACUCAUGCAUUAAGAACAACAGAAUACCAUGAUAGAGAUGAGCAAUUCUACUGGCUCAUUGAAGCCUUGGGAAUAAGAAAGCCCUAUAUCUGGGAGUACAGUCGUUUAAACCUCAACAAUACUGUGCUUUCUAAAAGAAAGCUCACUUGGUUUGUCAAUGAAGGGCUGGUAGAUGGCUGGGAUGAUCCAAGAUUUCCAACAGUUCGUGGUGUCCUUAGAAGAGGUAUGACAGUAGAAGGAUUGAAACAGUUUAUAGCUGCACAGGGGUCUUCAAGAUCAGUUGUAAACAUGGAAUGGGAUAAAAUUUGGUCAUUUAACAAAAAGCUGCGAGCUAUCUGUAAGAAGGUUAUAGAUCCAGUGGCACCUCGGUUCACUGCAUUGCUAAAGGAUGAAAUAGUCACCGUAAAUAUUCCUGAAGCUCAAGAAGAGAUGAAAGAAGUGGCCAAACAUCCAAAGAAUGCUGAAGUUGGCUUGAAGCCUAUAUGGUAUAGUCCCAAAGUACUGAUUGACGGAGCAGAUGCAGAGACAUUGACAGAAGGAGAAAUGGUUACAUUUAUUAACUGGGGCAACAUAAUCAUCACCAAAACACACAAGAACGUCACUGGGAAAAUCACAUCUAUGGAUGCUAAAUUAAAUUUGGAGAAUAAGGAUUACAAAAAAACUACUAAAAUCACCUGGCUAGCAAAAACCUCUUCUGCUUCUCUCACUCCAACUAUUUGUGUGAAUUAUGACCACUUGAUCACCAAGCCUGUCUUAGGCAAGGAGGAAGACUUCAAACAGUACAUCAACAGAAAUAGCAAACAAGAAGAACUGAUGUUAGGUGAUCCUUGCCUAAAAGAUUUGAAAAAAGGAGACAUCAUUCAGCUUCAGAGAAGAGGCUUUUAUAUUUGUGAUCAACCAUAUGAGCCUAUUAGCCCAUAUAGCUGUAAAGAAUCUCCAUGCAUUUUGAUUUAUAUUCCUGAUGGGCAUACAAAAGAAAUGCCAACAUCUGGCUCAAAGGAAAAGACCAAGUCAGAAACAGCAAAGAAAGAGGUUGGUACUACAAUGAAAGGUCCUCCUUCUUCAUUUGGGGCUGAUAUUUCUUCUACUUCAGUUUCCUCUUCAGCCCAGGAUCCCUUAGCUCUUUACAGGAGAGUGUCUGCUCAGGGUGAUGCAGUCCGUGAUUUGAAACAGAAGAAAGCAGCAAAGGAGGACAUUGAUGCUGCUGUGAAACAACUCUUGGCUCUGAAAGCAGAAUACAAGGAGAAGAUUGGUCAAGACUACAAGCCAGGAAAUCCUCCAGUUCCAGCAGUUCCCAUCCAGACAUCCAGAUGUGAGGUUGCCGCCAUUGCCAGUGUAGACAGCAAAACUCUUUAUGAUCAUGUAGCUGAGCAAGGAGAAGUGGUCCGAAAACUUAAAGCAGAAAAAGCUUCCAAGGAUCAUAUAGCUGCUGCAGUAAAAGUGCUUCUUACUCUAAAGGCAGAAUAUAAACAAAAGACAGGUCAAGAUUAUAAGCCUGGACAUCCACCUGCAGCUCCUCUUCCUCCUUCCUCCUUGUCUUAUGCUUCUGAUUCUACUUCUUUAACUAUGAAUGGUUUGACAUCUUCUAGCCAAAUAGAUGAAAAAGCUCUGUAUAGUAAAGUAGCUGAACAAGGCGAGGUAGUGCGGAGACUCAAAGCAGAAAAGGUUUCCAAGGAUAAAGUAGAUGAAGCUGUCAAACUGCUCCUUUCCUUAAAAGCAGAAUAUAAAGAAAAGACUGGCCAGGACUAUAAACCAGGACAGCCAGCUUCAGCUCAGACAUCUGGCUUAAAACACCCGAAAAACACAGAAACCAGUAGUCCUGGCUCUCCAGAAGCACAAGUUCUCUUUAAUCAGGUUGCUCUCCAAGGAGAAGAGGUUCGGAAGUUAAAAUUGGAGAAGGCAGAAAAGGAUAAAAUUGAUACUGCAGUACAAAAACUACUUCAGCUGAAAGCUCAGUACAAGCUGUUAACAGGAGUGGACUACAAACCAGUUUCUACAACUGGUGCAGAAGAUAAAGACAAGAAGAAGAAGGAGAAGGAGAACAAAUCUGAAAAGCAAAAUAAGCAACAAAAACAGAAUGAGGGACAGAAGAAAGGAAUGCAGAAAGAUCAAGGAAGUAAUUACAAUCUGUCUUCUGAUGGACCAGGAGAUGGUCAAGGCCCUAAGAAACAAACAAGAUUGGGUCUAGAAGCUAAGAAGGAAGAAAAUCUAGCUGAAUGGUAUUCUCAGGUAAUUACUAAAUCAGAGAUGAUUGAAUACUACGACGUGAGUGGCUGCUACAUCCUCCGUCCAUGGGCUUUUUCAGUAUGGGAAGGUAUCAAGGACUUUUUUGAUAGUGAAAUAAAAAAACUUGGAGUGGAAAACUGCUACUUCCCCAUGUUUGUAUCUCAAGCUGCACUGGAAAAAGAGAAGACGCACAUUGCAGAUUUUGCUCCAGAGGUUGCCUGGGUUACAAAGUCUGGCAAAACAGAGCUGGCAGAACCAAUUGCUGUACGUCCUACUAGUGAAACAGUAAUGUAUCCUGCAUAUGCAAAAUGGAUUCAGUCGCACAGAGAUCUUCCAAUCAAGCUUAAUCAGUGGUGCAACGUUGUACGCUGGGAGUUCAAGCAUCCACAACCAUUUUUGCGUACUCGUGAAUUCCUGUGGCAAGAAGGACACACGGCAUUCUCUACUUACGAAGAAGCAGCUGAAGAGGUAUUGCAGAUUCUUGAUCUAUAUGCUCGUGUAUAUGAAGAACUACUUGCAAUUCCUGUUGUGAAAGGAAGAAAGACAGAAAAGGAAAAGUUUGCAGGUGGCGACUAUACCACAACAGUUGAGGCAUUUAUAUCUGCAAGUGGGAGAGCUAUCCAGGGAGCAACUUCUCAUCACUUGGGACAGAAUUUUUCAAAGAUGUUUGAAAUUGUCUUUGAAGAUCCCAGAGUACCAGGAGAGAAACAAUUUGCUUAUCAAAAUUCUUGGGGCAUUACAACCCGUACCAUUGGUGUUAUGACCAUGAUUCAUGGAGAUAACAUGGGUUUGGUGCUGCCACCUAGAGUAGCAUGUUUUCAGGUGGUGAUUAUUCCUUGUGGUAUCACUAAUUCCCUUCUGGAAGAAGAGAAAGAAGCUUUACUGACAAAAUGCAAUGAAUAUUGUAAGAGAUUGCGCAUGGCUAAUAUCCGUGUGCGAACUGACUUGAGAGAGAACUAUUCACCUGGCUGGAAAUUCAACCACUGGGAGCUUAAGGGUGUUCCAAUCAGGCUUGAAGUGGGACCACGUGAUAUGAAGAAUCAUCAGUUUGUAGCUGUUAGAAGGGACACAGGAGAAAAGUUGACCUUUUCUGAAAAUGAAGCAGUGAACCAACUCAGCCGUAUUCUGGAAGAAAUCCAUCUUAAUCUUUAUAACAGAGCUGCUGAAGAUCUUAAGAGUCAUAUGGUGGUGGCCAAUUCCAUGGAAGAGUUUCAGAAAGAGCUUGAUUCUGGAAAGAUAGUGCAGAUUCCUUUCUGUGGAGAAAUAGAAUGUGAGGAUUGGAUCAAAAAAACAACUGCCAGAGAACAAGAUCUCGAACCUGGCGCUCCAUCCAUGGGAGCAAAAAGUCUUUGCAUCCCCUUUAAACCACUUUGUGAACUUCAGAAUGGAGCAAGAUGUGUCUGUGACAAGAACCCUGCAAAGUUUUACACUCUCUUUGGACGCAGUUAUUAAAUUACUGUUGGAAAUGAUAAUUUCCUUAUAUUUCAACUUAACUUUUUAAAUUAAAGACCGAGAUGUUUCCUGAUACUAUCCAGGUUUUUGUUGUUACUUUUUAAAAUAGUAACUAACAAAGCCAUAGAGAGUCAUAUCCUUUCAGUGCAACUAGCAGUAUUGCAUAAACCUUUCUGUAUACAGUAUCUCUAUAAUAAAUAAGUAUUGUCAUCUAU